AUGUCACUUGAUGAGGAUGAGUAUUCUCGUUACGGACGGCAAAUGCAAGUCCCCGCUUUCAACGCUUUGAAUGGCCAGAUCGGUUUGAAACAAUCCAAGAUUCUAGUUGUUGGUUGUGGAGGAUUAGGUUCAUCGGCCUUGCUGUAUUUGGCUGCUUCUGGUGUCGGAUGCAUAGGUGUCUUAGACCAUGACCGGGUUGAAUUGUCCAAUCUUCAUAGACAAAUCAUUCAUGAAACCUCCACUAUUGGGAUGCUCAAAACUGAAUCAGCAUGUCAAAGGAUAAAAGCAUUAAAUCAAAAUAUAACAGUCAACAUUCACUCUCUUUUUUUAUCAAACCAGAACGCAUAUAAUAUCUUUCAGAAGUAUGAUUUAAUUCUUGAUUGUACAGAUAAUCCAAUUACAAAAUAUCUAAUAUCAGAUACUUGCGUUGCUUCAAAAAAGCCACUUGUAUCUGCAUCGUCUGUCAAAACAGAUGGGCAGCUUAUGAUUCUAAAUUACCAAAAUGGACCAUGUUAUAGAUGCAUUCACCCGAAACCAACCAAACCUGAGAAUAUAGCCACUUGUUCUGACGACGGAGUUAUUGGGCCAUGUGUUGGAUUGGUAGGUACUCUGAUGUCAAUAGAAUCGAUUAAAAUAUUAACCAACUACUACAAUGAAGAGACGAAUCCUUUCAAGCCAAUAAUGCUUAUGUACUCAGGAUAUAUGGCAAAUGAUGGGCAAAUGCUUAAGAGCUUUAAAAUGAGAGGGAAAAUGUUGAAUUGCCUUUGCGGUAAGAUGAACAAAGAGAUGAUUCAGAACAUAAACUAUACUCAGUUUUGUGGCAAAAUUGAUUACGAUGUCCUGAACAAUACGCAUAGUAUUGAUUUUGCCAAGUUGUCAGCUCUUGAAAACCCAGUCAUGGUUGAUGUAAGACCCAAGGAGCAAUUUGCCAUUUCUAACUUAGGGGACCAGGAAAAUUUUAAGGUAAUAAAUAUACCUUAUACCUCAUUGAUCAGAUUGGAUGAUGAAUCUUUGGAGGAGUUGUUACCAAAAGAUUCUCCGAUAGUUGCGGUUUGUAAAAUGGGAAAUGACUCUCGGCUGUCCACAAAAUACUUACUUGAUAAAGGUUUCGAAGUGUACGAUUUAAAAGGAGGUUUGAAUGAAUACUCGAAAACUCAUGAUUUCCAUGUAUAUUGGUAG